CUUAACACUUUUAAUGGAUCUAACAAUGAGCUUUGGCAACUAUGUGUGUGUUUCUUGGCACUGGCCUCGCAUUGAUAUUCUGCAGAAAGUAUUCAACAAACUAGUAGUGCAUAGUUUUGGCGAAUGAAUUUCUGUUAAUUUUGUAACAUCUUUUACUUCGAAUCAAGUGUGUAGAUCUAUUAACUUCACACAGGAGAUAAUAAUGAAUGUCGCUACGAAAUCCCACUUUCCAGAAACUUGACACGAUGUGAAUGUGCAUAUGGGAAUACUCGAAAGUGCGGCACAUCAGAUGACAAGAGUUGUUUUUAUGCAUAGCAUCAGUUCGGCGCGAUAAAAAUGAAAAAAAAAACAUGGAGGUAGAUCAACCAAAAAUGUUGUAUUUUUUACAAUAAUAACAUGUUUAGUAUACGUGUGUUCUAAAGAUAUAUCCGGGGAAAAGUUUAUAUUUAAAAUUAAUAUUUUCAAAAAACAAUAUUCACGACUGUUAUAAUUUAAGACUUCGUUUUAAAAAAGGAGUAUACUUUUUAUAACACACCAUACUUCACAAUUUAUCGUGCAAAGUGGAUUUAAGCGUAUUUUCUGCAAAUUCAUGACCUGGUCCCUAAGUAAAAGCUUCAUUUUGGACAUUAUCAAACCAAUAUAGCGGGCGCCGACUAAUUAGCUCUGUGUCAAUAGCGUUAUUGGGCAACAUAUCUCAACAAGCGUCAUCAACAACUGUUCAGUCUCAGCAAGACAUAUUGCUGUGUUGAGACGCUGUAGUGCUGACGGCGUUAUGCAUAUCUCUCCGUGAUAACGGUCCAGAUUACAGGCAGUUGCAUGACGUCAAGUGCGAUAUAUCACUGAUAGUCAACUAUCUGUUGUGCAGGAGCAGAAGAAACGACUCAUACAAUUUCGAUAGGUGGAAUUCUGUUGUUGAAAGGCCGGAUAAACUAGUGUUACAUAAAUGAGUUAGUAUAAUUAGUUAGUAUAAUAAGUAACUGUUUAAAAAUAUUAUCGGACGUCAUGUCCCACGGUGUAAAUCAACGCUUGGGUUCAACAGUGAACGCAACUUACGUUAGUGGAAAUUGGAAUAGGAGCAUGGAUGAAAAAUACGACGGGAAUUCGGAUUUUAAAAGUAAUAUGAUGUCGCAAACAUUCUUGAAUCAAUUAAAUGAUCGGUAUGCGACCACGCUUCUACCUUUAACCAUUGUCUUUGGUGUUUUUGGAAUUGUUGGAAUAUUUGGAAAUAUAUUUGUGUUUAUCGUAUAUGGCUGCGGCACAAAAUUUAAGGAUAGAAAAUUCAGGUACUUUGUGUUAUCGUUGGGGUUUAUAGACUUUCUGACUUGCUUAACAUUGAUACCAGCCGAAAUUCUGAAACACGGGACCUAUUUCAAUUUUACGGAACGUUACUUGUGCAAGAUGAAAUGUUUCAUGAACGUGUUCGCGGCUGCCGGAGCGUCUUAUUGCUUGAUGCUUGUUGCAGUAGACAGGUACAUCUUGACCUGUCGCCCUAUGCUGUGUAAGAAUGUUCCCCAAAUUUCACAUUCAUGGGCUUGGCGUCUCUGUUUAAUGAUGUUAUUGUUGGCUGUCCUUACAUCAAUACCUGCGGCAGUGCUAUGUGGUAUAUCGUCUGACGUCAUUACCGACUUUAACGGAAACGUUACCACUGAAAUAUCAGCUUGUGAAAGUGAACCGUAUUUUAAACACGGGAUAUCACGUUACGUUUACAGGAUAUUUCUCAGUGUCAUGCAGAUUUUAGUUAGCCUGUUGAUGAUAGUCUUGUACGCGAGGAUUGGGCACACAGUAUCUCAGGCCAUGAAGAUCCGCGAAGCCCGAAACCCACAUGACAUCCAGAUGUACGACUACCGCGCCAACUGGGAGCAACGGCCCAAGAAUGGCGGACACCAGCCCGGAACGCCAAUAUACGGGCCGUAUCACCAAGAUCACCAGCAUCAUCACCAUCAUCAUCAUCACAUUCCGGCCAAUAUUAAGCUGCUUUUUAUUGUCACUGUUGUGUUUAUUGUGACGUAUGUUUUGUAUUUAGCGCUCUCUUGGAUAGAUCAGAAACAAUUGACACAGACUCAAUUCUUGGUAUUUUCCAUGUUUUAUAGAAGUUACUUUAUUCACAGUAUCAUAAACCCAAUUCUGUAUCUGAAAAUGGAUACACAUUUUAGGGGACAGUGUUUGAGAUUCAUGAAGAGCCUUUUUUGUGUUGAGAAAUUGCGUAGAUUAUAUCGUAGAUAUUAAAAUAAACGUACAUGUGUA